CACUUUUUGUUUUGCCAUCGCCAGCAAUCUCGUCGCCUGGUAACACUUCUAAUUUUCACGGCAAAGGAAACGGACGCGUUUUCUGUGUCGUCCGCGAGAGCAAAAAACUCUGGCUUUAGUUAGUUAUUUUAUUGGAAAAAUAUUUAAGCAAGAGCCAACAAACGCAUAGAUACAGAAAAGUAUUGAUUUUCGUCCAAGAUGGCGGACGACGAGCAAUUCAGCUUGUGCUGGAACAACUUCAACACGAAUUUGUCGGCCGGCUUCCACGAGUCGCUAUGCCGUGGCGACCUGGUGGACGUCUCGCUUGCCGCCGAGGGCCAAAUAGUGAAGGCCCACCGAUUGGUGUUAUCCGUCUGCUCGCCCUUCUUCCGCAAGAUGUUCACUCAGAUGCCGUCGAACACCCAUGCUAUCGUAUUCCUGAACAACGUCAGCCACUCGGCGCUGAAGGACCUCAUCCAGUUCAUGUACUGCGGCGAGGUCAACGUGAAGCAGGACGCCCUGCCCGCGUUUAUUAGUACCGCGGAAUCGCUGCAAAUCAAGGGGCUAACGGAUAACGAUCCUGCGCCUCAGCCGCCGCAGGAAUCCAGCCCGCCGCCAGCAGCACCUCAUGUACAACAACAGCAAAUACCGGCUCAGCGAGUGCAGCGCCAGCAGCCGCGCGCCUCCGCCCGCUAUAAGAUCGAGACCGUGGACGACGGCCUGGGCGACGAGAAACAGGGCACCACCCAGAUCGUCAUCCAGACCACGGCCGCACCCCAAGCCACCAUUGUACAACAGCCGCAGCAGGCGGCGCAGCAGAUCCAAUCGCAGCAGCUGCAGACGGGAACCACGACGACGGCGACGCUGGUGUCGACAAACAAACGCUCUGCCCAGCGCUCCUCCCUGACCCCCGCCUCCUCGAGCGCCGGCGUGAAGCGCUCCAAGACAAGCACCUCCGCUAAUGUUAUGGACCCUCUCGACUCGACCACUGAAACUGGAACCACGACAACCGCCCAACUUGUGCCGCAACAGAUCACCGUGCAGACCUCCGUGGUCUCUGCGGCAGAAGCAAAACUCCACCAGCAAUCGCCGCAGCAGGUUCGUCAGGAGGAAGCCGAGUACAUUGAUCUCCCCAUGGAAUUGCCCACGAAAUCUGAACCUGACUACUCUGAGGACCAUGGCGACGCUGCCGGCGAUGCCGAGGGAACCUAUGUGGAGGACGAUACUUACGGAGACAUGCGCUACGACGACAGCUACUUCACGGAAAACGAGGAUGCUGGCAACCAAACUGCGGCAAAUACGAGCGGUGGCGGAGUGACUGCGACCACUUCCAAGGCGGUGGUCAAGCAACAGUCCCAGAACUACAGUGAAUCAUCGUUUGUCGACACCAGCGGGGAUCAGGGCAACACAGAGGCUCAAGAUAUAAUACGCAAGCGAGGGAUAAUGAUUGUAAAGGGUACCAAAGGAAAGCCCAAAUUGCUGAUGGGCGGCUACGAGUAUUAUCGAAACAAUUCGCGGGGCUCAAAAACGUAUUGGCUUUGUGCUCGGAAUCGAUACAUGCGGUGCGCUGCUCGAAUUAUCACGUGCUCGGUGACUGGGGAGCUGAUCAUCAAGAACCAGCAACACAACCACGACACACUCAACCAGCCCAAAACCGAAAUAAAGGAGAAAUCACUGUCUUCUAGCCCUAAGACUAAAGAUCCCGAGCAUUAGCCAAUGCACCCGCUCCAUUCCGCUUCAAAGUCAACUCGAUGUACCCAUCUAGAUUUACACCUUAUUAUACCCUACCUACAUAUAAUGGUAAAUCAAUUUAUUUUAGUUCUAUACUAAUGGUAUGUGCUUAGGUAUCGCGUGUAUUAGCUAAGACAUUGCUACAAAGUUAUCAAGGGCAAGUCUUAUACUUUUAUUUUAGUUUUAAAAGGAUAUUGGUAUCUUAAAAUAAUAGGAAUCAAUAAAGUAUAUAUGUACAAAUAAGGGCGAUACCUAUUUAUAUAUAUAUAUUAUAUAUAGAUACUUUUUCAUUAGGUUUUAUACAGUUUUAUUAUUUAUUUAGCGUACAAGUAAACUAACACUGAAUUUAUGUCACAGAGUUGCAACCUUCUAGUUUAAUAAUUAAUUUAUAAUUAUAUCUAUUACUCUAGUAGUAAAAGUGUAUACUGGAUUCAUUGAAAAGUAUCUGACAUGUAUAAGGAAGCGUUUCCGACUCCAUAAAGCCAAUGCUCCUAUGAUGUGAAAGGUGGUUUCAGAUGAAAUUUAUAACGGGUAUCUUAUAGUCGAGGAAGUCGACUGUAGCGUUCUCUCUUUUACUUUUUGAUUUUCUCAGGAAAUUAUUUUUUUAAAUUAGAAUUCUAAGGUUUAUUUCGAAAUCUAUCGAAAAUUCUUUUUUAGGUAUUUAAGAACAAUAAUGAAUCAACUUUUUUGAUCCAUUACAUGUUCUAUUUUACUUUUUAAAAAUCCCUUACUCCGCACAAGUCAAUACUACGUAAGAAGAAUUUAAAAUUCCUUGUUCGUAUGGAUUUAAUUCUUUAUAAAGUAUGUAUGGGAAUUGGAGUUUUACAAGGGCACGAAAAACUGUUUUAUAAACAGAUACAUUCUUUAUUGGUUCAACAACCCUUUGUUGAAUGGCCAGCUCUCAAAUUGAUACCGCACACAUUGGCGGGCCUGCUAAUUUCUUAAGUAAACUUUGUGGGUCUUGUUUAUACAAAUCGAAUUUCAACCAAAGAGUGCGAAGUGUGGAAUGAUGACAAGAAAGCUGAUUCAGCUUUCGGGCCACUUGAAAUGUGUCCCUAAGUGAGGCAUAUUAAUCUGCUAUUGAACGCAUUCGUUUGCAUUCAGACAGUGACUACAAAAAGUUGCCUGUUUCUUCAGAAAAAUAAAUAAAACGACGUGCAGCUUUUAGGGUGCCAUAUUUUGACCUUGCAAUGGGUAUUUAGUGUCUUACAGUGAAGUUUUAAUAGUAUAAACAUAUGUUUACAUAAUUGAAAUGCAAUAUUUUAAAAAUCUGACAAGUUUGAAAAGGUGUAUUUAGCUAUCUCGGGAAGCUUGAGCAUAGAAUAUAUUACUCAGUUCUGGUAGUAUAUCCAAAAGUAGAAGAAAAAUAAUUAAAAAUGCAUGCUUAAAUUGCAGAAUAUUGUUUAAAAUGAAUUUAAUGCGCCAAUCAACGUCGUUUUGCUGAGAUGAGAUGAAUGGUUUGAGUCCACGCCAAAUAUCUGUGAGAUUUCAGCAGUGCUCCGCUGCGGUCACACUGCAGCGGUGAGAUACAAUCCCUCGGAAGCGAAUUCGUUUACCGUACCGUAUCGAAAAAGAUAUAUUCUCUCUCGAAAACCCGAAGCGAGCGGACGUGCAGCGCGUGCCGCGUAGAUACAGAUACACAGCCCAUAGAUACAAUUUCCCUUGGCUCGUUUCGUAGGUGGUGUGUAUUGCAGCAGAAGCAUCAGCGAACGAGCAAAAGAGUCUCUGCGUGUGAGAGCGUUUCGGUGAAAAUUCAAUAAAACAAAGAGCCAGUGAAAAUCGGUUCAAAUCGCCAAUUGCCCAGCGAUUCAAGAGGAAUAUCAGAGGGAUAAGAACAGGCAUUAGGAAAUAGUGUGUGUUGUUCGGUGUACUGCAGAUUGAAAAACCGCUGCGCGCGUGUGUGCUUUGUUUGAGUGUGAUUCGACCGAUGCGUUUUGCCUAAUAUCAAUAAGAAGU